AAGUGAAAACGGAGUUCUUCGGAGUCCUAUAUUUGUAAAUAACUGUACUAUUGCAAAGAGCGAACGGGGGCGACCUCCAGGAAAAUCGCAGAGAAUGAGGGGGAUCCUCUUCGGGCCCCGGCGGCAGCCGCCGCCGCUCCCGCUCUUCCCCGCCGCCAAGCGCUCCUCGGCACCCGCGAACCUUCUUUUCGCUCGCCUCUAUCGCUUCCUCCCGGCCAGCCCCAUCCUCCGGCUCCUUCUCCUCCUCGCACUCCUCUCCCUCAUCCCGCCGGCCUUCUUCCACCUCCGUCUCCGCCGCUUCCACCAAAUGCGCGAGAGGAAGUGCGGGUGGAUCGCGAGGCCACCCAUGGUGUGCGCGCACGGCGGUGACUCCACCAACGCCUUCCCCAAUUCGAUGGACGCAUUUCGGAUGGCUCUCGACGCGCGGGUCGACUGUGUGGAGGUGGAUGUUUCGAGGUCCUAUGAUGGUGUGCUCUUUGCUCUGCAUGACAGGGAUCUACAAAAGAUGUCUGGUAAUUCUACAGCAAAAGUUGGCCACUGGACCACAGAUGAGAUAAAAGCACUAAGGACGAGGUUUCAGUUGUCAAAAAGAGUCCAAAAUGAGGAAGUUCCCAUGGCAGAGGAAGCUCUGGCGAUGAUAUCACAAUCAUUUAGGCAGGUCGUUCUUGAUGUGAAAGUUGGACCCCCUUCAUUUGAGAAAGGUUUAGCUGAGGAUAUUUUGUCUCUUCUCAGGAGAACAAAUUGCAAGAAUUGUCUUGUCUGGGCAAAAAGUGAUGAUAUAGGAAGAGAGAUAAUUAAAUUGUCUAAAGAUGUUAUUGUUGGCUAUGUUGUCAUGGUGGAUAAAUUUACCAAUAGAAGAACGGAGUUAGUGAGGAUUGAAGGGGCUAAAGUUGCUGGCAUAUAUCAUCCUUUGAUCCAUGAGAAGGUUAUGAAGGUCAUGCGCAGGCAUGACAGGAGAGUUUUUGCAUGGACUGUUGAUGAUAGCAGCUCCAUGAAGAAGAUGCUGUAUGAGCAUGUUGAUGCCAUUGUGACCAGUAACCCUUCUCUUCUGCAGCAGCUUAUGCAGGAGACCAGAGCUGAGUGUAUGGAAGAUGGUUUUGCCUUACCAUAGGAAUUUCUAGCUGUCAGAACAUAAGGGUUUAACUUCUCAGCAGAGAGGACCAACUAGCGAGUUGAGUUUGAGGGAUUAUUCAUAAAUUAGAUGAUAAUUACUUUAGUUUUUGGCACAUUCCGCACUUCUGUCAUAUAAUUGAAAUAAGAAAAUAUGGUUAGCUUGUC